AGAUCUGGUCCUGGGCUCAGACGGCAGGAAGUACCUCCUCAGGAGAGGACCUCCAGGGAGGAUGGGGCCUCCAGGCCUAGAGGGUCACCCUGGUCCCAAUGGCUUUCCAGGGUUCAAAGGUGACAAGGGUCAGCUGGGGGUGGGGGGGCGUCCUGGGCGGAGGGGGGAGCCAGGCCCUCCAGGCCCUCCUGGAGCACCCUCCUUCUACCUGUGGAGAAACACCCCUGAGGACUGGGCUGCUUUCAGGCAAACGUCCUUCUUCCAGCUGCUCCAGGCUGGCUGGCCUACGAGUCAGGGCCCACCAGGUCCAGCUGGAGAGGAGGGGAGGACCGGACCGCAGGGGCCUCAGGGGGAACCUGGGGAUCCAGGGACAACAGGACGAGCUGGAGACAUGGGUGACCGUGGUGACAGGGGUAUAGCUGGCAGGGCAGGAUCCCCUGGGAGAGAUGGACAGAACGGAGAGGACGGCCAUUCUGGCUCAUCUGGCAUUCCUGGACCGCAGGGCCCGCUGGGAUACCGAGGAGAUCCUGGAUCCCAGGGACAGAAGGGGGACGAGGGUCACACUGGAGCCAAGGGCCCACGAGGACAUGCAGGAGAGCCCGGCGAGAAAGGCUCCAAGGGUUUACAUGGACACCCUGGCCUUGUUGGCCCUCCGGGGCCUCAGGGUGUCAGAGGGAUACUGGGCCCGGAGGGUCCCCAGGGGCCAGAGGGGGAGAGUGGGUUGGACGGUCCUCCCGGGCCACCGGGGGCAGUGGGAGCUUCUGGUUUCACGGGACCUGUCGGCGCUCAGGGAGUGAACGGCUCUCAGGGGGAGCUGGGAGGGGCUGGAAGCGUUGGCCCCAGAGGGCCCCAGGGGCCCCUUGGGCUGGACGGAUGCACAGGACCUCCAGGACUCAGAGGGACCCAGGGACUGACUGGGCUGGGCGGACUUCCUGGUCCUAAAGGUGACCCUGGGGCUUCGGGGCCGAUAGGUGUCCGGGGGGAGCCGGGGUUUGAGGGCCCAAUGGGCGUUCCGGGAACACGAGGACCAAUGGGAUUUCUCGGCAUCCCUGGCGACAGAGGUCGUCACGGAGACCAAGGUGACCCUGGACCAAAGGGAGACAGGGGGUUUGAAGGGGCGUCUGGUGUUCGGGGUCGUCAAGGAGAGAGUGGUCCUGCCGGCUUCCCUGGGUUCCCUGGGUUCAAAGGUCAACCCGGCAUCAAAGGCUUGGAGGGGGUGAUUGGAGACACCGGCCCUCACGGGAAACUGGGCAGAGCGGGGUUAAAGGGACACAGAGGACUGGACGGACGGAGUGGAAAACUAGGACCCAGAGGAACCAAGGGCCGCUCUGGACAGAGAGGUCUCGCUGGGCAACCUGGUCCUCCAGGUUUACCAGGGCCUGCUGGGACAGAGGGAGCAGAAGGAAAGCCUGGUACACAGGGCUUCUCUGGAGUGGUGGGCAGCGCCGGCAGUGAAGGGCCAGUGGGGUUCCAGGGCAUUGCUGGAGCACCAGGUCGGGACGGACCCCCAGGACAGCCGGGUCUACCUGGGCGACUGGGGCCACAGGGCCCCCCUGGGCCUCCUGGGGACAGGGGCUUCACAGGAAAGCCAGGCUUGGAGGGCUCCCAGGGGCCAGUAGGCAUGUAUGGUCUCCCAGGAAACGUGGGAAUGCGCGGAACAUCAGGUCACAUGGGUGAAAAGGGUGAGACCGGGCUAAGAGGCUUCCCGGGACCAGCAGGGAAGCCCGGGCCUCCAGUACGUACCCACAGUGCUCAUGGAGCAUCACCGGACCGUGGUGUGCCAGGUUCACCUGGAGAGAGAGGGCCCUCGGGACCUCAGGGUCGGCAGGGAGAUCUGGGAUCCAAAGGGAUCGACGGCCCUCCUGGCCCUCCAGGCCUUGCGGGACCAGAGGGGAGCUUGGGGAAGCCGGGGCCCAGGGGAGGGAGAGGCCCCCUGGGGGCACCAGGCGCAAACGGCCCCUCUGGAACUCUGGGCAUGCAAGGAGCUGAUGGAUUACAUGGACCAGCGGGGGGGAGAGGAGACCUGGGGAUGCUGGGCUCUGCAGGGGACAUGGGCCUCCCUGGGCUGGAUGGACAGCAGGGAGUCCCGGGACCGACAGGUGUGGAGGGCCCGCCAGGAGGAAAGGGAGUUCAGGGGGACCUGGGGUCGUGUGGGAACCUGGGCCCCCCAGGAGUGGCAGGAGAGAGGGGGCUGCAGGGCCCCCCGGGGCCUCUGGGGCCCCCCGGACCCCUAGGCAAGGAGGGUAACGUUGGUCACCCUGGAGACGCUGGAAACUCAGGACCCAAAGGGGCGAAGGGGGAGGUGGGACCGCUGGGGUUCACAGGCCUGGAGGGGCCCUGGGGGGCCGUCGGGGACAAAGGAGAGAGAGGGACCAAAGGAGAGAAGGGUCACAUGGGUCUGAUGGGUCAGCCAGGACUGAUGGGGAGGGAGGGGCCUGUAGGACUGACAGGACUACAGGGCGUCCUGGGGCCCAGGGGCCCGCCGGGGCCAGAGGGACCCCAGGGAGAGCAGGGGAAGGCUGGGGAGAGUGGACCAGUUGGUCCCGUGGGGCAGUCUGGCCUUCUGGGUGUGGCUGGACCCGCAGGGGUCAGAGGUGACUCAGGGAAGCCAGGACCUCCAGGGGCCGUGGGGAAGGCUGGCCCUGAGGGCUACCUGGGCCUCCAGGGGGUGCCGGGGGCCGAGGGCCUCAAAGGAGAACCAGGGGAACCAGGAGAACCAGGAGAACAGGGUCCAGAUGGUCUAACAGGCAUCAGAGGUCCUGCAGAACUACCUGGUCUAGAGGGGCCUCCGGGUGAGGUGGGACCCCAGGGACCAGGGGGUUCCCCCGGGGCACAGGGGAGGAGAGGAAGCCCAGGGUCUGAGGGAAAGCAGGGCUUCAAAGGAGAGAAGGGAGAUGGCGGCAGAGACGGAUCGCCUGGGAGGGCAGGUCACACCGGGAGGAAGGGGAAGCGAGGGAAGGCUGGUCUCCGAGGGUUCAGAGGGGAGAGAGGCCCGAAGGGAGAGAAAGGGGACCUGGGAUGGGCGGGUCCUCCGGGAUGGGCGGGGUCCAUCGGCCUGCUUGGCUUGAGAGGAAAGGUGGGGGACUCCGGAGAGACAGGCCCAGAGGGAGAGAAAGGUGACAUGGGACCUGCCGGACCCCCUGGGAUGGACGGGCCCAAGGGUAGUCUGGGGCAGCCGGGAGUUAAAGGGCUUGAUGGCCCAAAGGGGAUGCAGGGGAACAUUGGUCUGCUUGGAUCUCGAGGCGUAUUGGGAAUGCCUGGACUUCCUGGUUUGUUUGGCGAAAGGGGUUUGAAAGGCUAUCCAGGGUUUCCUGGGCAACCGGGGAGAAGAGGACUCCCGGGCCCGCCUGGUCUCCCUGGUCUUCCAGGCCCCUCUCUGAAUGUGACACUAAGUGAACUCAAGGAGUUGAUGUACGUGUCUGACAAGCCAAACUACCCCCUGCUGCAGAGCCUGCUGGACUCCCUUCAGCAGGACCUCAGGGUGCUGCUGGACCCUCCAGACGGCAGCCAGGACCACCCUGCCACCACCUGCCUGGAGCUCUGGCUCUGCCACCCCCCACUACGCCAGCGGGACGUACUACAUCGACCCCAACCAGGGCAGCCCCGCGGACGCUCUCCUGGCCUUCUGCAACUUCUCUGGUCCAGACACCCAGACCUGCCUUCACCCCAAGGACCCACAGGUUCCUACUAAAGCCUGGCUGAAGGACUCUGUAAACGAAGGCUCUUUCCAGUGGCUCAGCAGACUGGAGGACGGCUUCCAGUUCUACUAUCCGGGCGCC